GGAUUGCUAAGUGAGAAUUGUAGGAGUAGUAGGUGAAGACCAAUAAUAAUAUAAAUGAGCCAAAUCUCUCUGUCUUCCUUCGCCCUCAUCUCUCCUUCUCUUUCAUUUAUUUCUACUGCCUCUUUUUCUCACUACUCUUUCUCACUCCUUCGUUAUACAGUUUGUGCUAGUACAAGAACAAUGGCCUCACACAUUGUUGGGUACCCGCGUAUGGGACCUAAGAGAGAGUUGAAGUUUGCCUUGGAAUCCUUUUGGGAUGGGAAAAUCAAUGAAGUGGAAUUGCAAAAUGUUGCCCAUAGUUUAAGGACAUCUAUUUGGAAACAAAUGGCUGAUGCUGGGAUUAAGUAUAUUCCUAGCAACACCUUUUCAUACUAUGAUCAAGUGUUGGACACCACUGCAAUGCUUGGUGCUGUUCCUCCAAGAUAUGGAUGGAAUGGUGGAGAGAUUGGAUUCAAUGUUUAUUUCUCGAUGGCUAGGGGUAAUGCCACUGUCCCUGCAAUGGAGAUGACCAAAUGGUUUGACACCAAUUAUCACUACAUUGUCCCAGAGUUGGGUCCUGACAUGAAGUUUUCAUACGCCUCACACAAGGCCGUGGAUGAAUAUAAGGAGGCGAAGGCUCUUGGAGUUGAAACUGUACCAGUGCUUGUCGGUCCAGUGUCUUACCUGUUGUCAUCAAAGCCAGCCAAGGGAAUUGAGAAGUCCUAUCCUAUGCUUUCCCUGCUUGAUAAAAUUCUUCCUGUCUACAAGGAAGUGAUAUCUGAACUUAAGGCUGCCGGUGCAUCCUGGAUUCAGUUUGACGAACCGAAACUCGUUCUGGACCUUGAUGCUCAUCAAUUGCAAGCCUUCACGCAAGCCUAUUCAGAGCUAGAGUCUUCUUUUUCUGGUGUGAAUGUUCUUAUCGAAACCUACUUUGCUGAUAUUCCAGCAGAGGCAUAUAAAACCCUCACUGCAUUGAAGGGUGUAACUGCUUUUGGGUUUGAUCUUGUUCGUGGCACAAAGACACUUGAUUUGGUGAAGGCUGAAUUUCCUUCUGGCAAGUAUCUAUUCGCUGGGGUAGUGGAUGGGAGAAACAUUUGGGCUAAUGACCUUGCAGCUUCUCUUAGUCGCUUACAGGCUCUUGAGAGCAUUGUAGGAAAAGACAAGCUUGUUGUGUCUACUUCCUGUUCUCUUCUUCACACUGCUGUUGAUUUGGUGAAUGAGACCAAGUUGGACUCAGAGCUCAAGUCAUGGCUUGCCUUUGCCGCUCAGAAGAUUGUUGAAGUGAAUGCCUUGGCUAAGGCAUUGUCUGGUGAGAAAGAUGAGGCCUUUUUCUCAGUAAAUGCUAGUGCACAAGCUUCUAGAAAGUCUUCUCCUAGAGUGACAAAUGAGGCCGUUCAGAAGGCGGCUGCUGCCUUGAGGGGAUCAGAUCAUCGCCGUGCCACAGAUGUUAGUGCAAGAUUGGAGGCUCAACAGAACAAGUUAAAACUUCCACUCCUACCUACCACCACAAUUGGUUCUUUCCCUCAAACCAUGGAUCUCAGAAGAGUUCGCCGUGAAUUCAAGGCUAACAAGAUCUCCGAGGAAGAUUAUGUCAAGGCUAUUAAGCAAGAGAUUAAGAAUGUAGUCGAUCUUCAAGAGGAGCUUGACAUAGAUGUAUUGGUCCACGGAGAGCCAGAAAGGAAUGAUAUGGUUGAGUAUUUUGGGGAACAACUAUCUGGUUUUGCCUUCACUGUUAAUGGGUGGGUCCAAUCUUAUGGGUCUCGUUGUGUCAAGCCUCCCAUCAUCUACGGGGAUGUGAGUCGCCCAAAGCCAAUGACUGUCUUCUGGUCAACAAUGGCUCAGAGCAUGACGAAACGGCCCAUGAAGGGAAUGCUUACUGGCCCAGUUACAAUUUUGAACUGGUCUUUCGUCCGAAACGAUCAACCUAGAUUUGAGACUUGCUACCAGAUUGCUUUGGCCAUUAAGGAUGAGGUCGAGGAUCUUGAGAAGGCCGGAAUCACUGUCAUUCAGAUUGAUGAAGCUGCAUUGAGAGAGGGUUUGCCUUUGAGAAAGUCUGAGCAGCCGUUCUACUUGGAUUGGGCUGUCCACUCGUUCAGGAUAACGAACGUUGGGGUUCAAGACACAACUCAGAUUCACACUCACAUGUGCUACUCCAACUUCAACGAUAUCAUCCACUCAAUCAUUAACAUGGAUGCUGACGUGAUCACCAUUGAGAACUCGAGGUCAGAUGAAAAACUCCUUUCGGUGUUUCGUGAGGGUGUUAAAUAUGGUGCUGGCAUCGGCCCAGGUGUUUAUGACAUUCACUCUCCAAGAAUCCCAUCUACAGAAGAAAUUGUGGACCGUGUCAUCAAAAUGCUUGCUGUCCUUGAAUCUCAUAUCCUUUGGGUUAAUCCUGACUGCGGUCUGAAGACACGAAAGUAUGCUGAAGUCAAGCCAGCCCUUAGCAACAUGGUUGCUGCUGCCAAGGCUGUUCGUGCCCAACUAGCCAGCUCCAAGUGAGUCAAUGUCGUCCCAAAAACUGAUCGAGAAAAAUAAAGUGAGCUGAAGAAAAGCAAGUUUUCUGUCAAUUAAUCCUAUUUGACUUUUUCUUGAUGUGUCAAAGUUUUCCUUGCAUAAUUUUCAGACAAGGGCACCUGUAGAGCCCUUCACAUUUACAGGAAUGAAUGAAUUAAUAUUCAAGUAUUCUAGUUGUAUCAAAUUCUGUUGCUUCUUGUUCUUAUUUCUUGUUUAUUGAUCUAACUAAAAUAACGGUUACUACCAACUUAACCCUUACCUUUAUUCCUGUCCAAAACAAAUAGUUUAGCUUCAUAACUGGGCGCAACAAAUUGUUUAUAGAUUGAUAG